UUAACAUGUAUGAUUUAUUAAUGUCAAUUUAUACUGCGUGAGAGUGUGAAUGUAGAAAAAGAAUAUGGCACACUGAAGAGAGUGAGUGGGUGAGAGAAAGAGACAGAAACAAACAGCAGGUGGCAGUAACUACAAGGAAUAGUUACUAAGAAUAGGCACUGACAGUGGAUGGCAAAUAUACUUUUUAACAUAUCAUUGUUGUCGAGUUAUGUAGGCUAAUACAAAAAUCUCUUGUCACCGAUUUUAAUCCUGAAGGUUCUAAGACCCACAAAAAUACUGGAUAAAAACCGUCAGGAUUGUCACGACGGAUGUUUAAAGAGCCACAAACACACAUCAUCUAAACAAUUUACGAAGACAUUCUUUGCGAUGUAAUAAAGCAAUAAUAGAAGGAAAAAAAAAUGGAGUAACUAAAUAUUUUAUAAAAAGAUAGACUCGUCGAUAUAAGAUCAUAGAUUAUGCAAAAGGUGCCUGGAGUCUCCAAAAUAUUCGGAAAAAAUUCUUAUUUCUGAAUAUAGAGCAUCAUAGAGAUGUUGCUAUGUAGCCAAAACUGUUUGAUAUUCCAGUGAGAUUUGACAGAUGUAGACAUGAACCAAUAGCGUCCUUAGGGAACGCCUAGACGCUCCUCUUUCCACCAAUCGGCACUUGGAGGAGGCGGGACUUGUGUUCCUCUGCUCCGAUUGAAUUCGUGCAGUAUCAAUUACAGUGGACGCCUGGACAACAGAGCUGACGCUGGGUACCACUUUGAUGGGGGAUGCCACUGUCUUUUGAUAUUAUCUUUUCAAAUAUGGUUUCUUUUCUCUCUGAAGUCAAAUAAACGUUCACGCACGUAUAUCGCCAUUUUAUCGCAGCCCGUGGCCUGGACGCGCUACAUUUACAUUUCAUUCCAGUGUUUCACCAGUAUAGCAGCGCCGGAAUGUAUCUCUCCGGGAUUUUCAUCGGUAAGAGAAUAUUAAAGUGCUUUAUACUGAUUUUGUGAGUCAUUAUACGAAAUGAACAGCAUUCGUUGUCUUGCAUCCGAAUGAAACCGUGCGCAUUGCAGUGCGGUUUGUUUUCGUUUCGUAUUUUGGGGUGUCACACGCAUCACCUAAUCGAUAAUCGAUUAAGUGGUCUAGGGGCAGAUGUCACGCUUUCUUCUAUGCCAUCAUCAGCACUGUAUUUGAUACAGUGCAGCUCUAUUUGGACAUCACUGGCUCUCCUGUGUCAUAAAUGAAAAACAAAUCCUACCAACUAAAAUUCACACCACCAUGGGAGAAAAAUGCUGGUUUUGGAAGGAAACACAAGCCUUGCACCAGAAACCACACCAAAAUAAUAGCCAACCCUGGCAUUGUAAUGAAAGUGCUGCGCCGGAAGAAGAUCAUUAUGUUUCUUGCCUAUUUUCUGCUGGUGGCUUUGACCAUGUUGAACCUGGCUAAUUAUAAAUGGACCAAAGAGCCACAGCAAUGCAACCAGCCAAUGCAGGGAAUGCCUUUCCAAAGCAGAUCGGACAUCCGUUUUCUUUACAAAGCCCCCCAGAUCAAGAAAAGGCAGCUUGUGUAUGUAUUGACCACUUGGAGGUCCGGUUCAUCCUUUUUCGGCGAACUGUUCAACCAAAACCCAGAUGUGUUUUUCUUGUAUGAACCUAUGUGGCAUAUCUGGCAAAAACUGUACCCGGGGGACGCUGUGUCCCUCCAAGGAGCUGCCCGGGACAUGCUGAGCUCUCUUUACAGGUGUGAUUUCUCGGUUUUCCAGUUGUACAACAGCCCUGGGGGAAAGAACAUAACCUCGCUUGGACUGUUUGGUGCCACUCUCAAUAAGGUCAUCUGCUCGUACCCUAUUUGUUCGUCCUACAGGAAGGAUGUAGUUGGCAUGGUGGAUGAUAAAGUUUGCAAAAAGUGCCCUCCACAGAGCCUCCAAGUCCUGGAGGAGGAAUGUUUGAAGUACAACACUAUAGUCAUUAAGGGAGUCCGUAUUUUGGAUAUCAGCGUUUUGGCCCCCUUGAUGGAGGACCCCUCUUUGAAUCUGAAAGUCAUCCAUUUAGUCCGAGACCCCAGGGCGGUGGCCAACUCCAGGAUUAAAUCUCGGCAUGGACUCAUACGGGAAAAUCUGCAAGUCGUGCGCAGCAGAGACCCCAAGCUGCGUCGUGUGCCAUUUGUGGACCCGAACCACAAAGUGAACAAAAAGGACGGUGCAGACUAUCACUCCAUAGGAGCCAUGGAAGUGAUUUGUGAACGGACAUCCAGAACUCUGAAAACCGCCCUCCACCCGCCCACCUGGUUCAAGGGGAAAUACAUGACUGUACGUUAUGAGGACUUAGUGGAAAACCCUGUUAAAACGGUUAGGAAUGUUUAUCGCUUCGUCAACCUUUCGGCCAAUCAUGACAUUGAGGCCUUCGCCACGAAUAUGACAACAGGAAGCAGCGCCUCCUCUAAACCCUUCAUCGUUUCAUCCAGGAAUGCAACACAAGCUGCGAGUGCCUGGAGAACUGUGCUUAACUACCAGCAGAUCAGGCAGGUGGAGGAGUAUUGUCAGCAUGCAAUGUCUCUGCUCGGAUACCUGCGUGUGCGCACAUCCGGGGAGGCUAAGGAUUUGAGCAAAUCGUUGUUGACGCUGCCCAAAAUCUAAAGAGUCGCCAAAGACAUUUGUUUGAUUGAAGUCAUUGUGUUUUGCAUUUGUGCAGAAAGCAGCCUGGUUCGCAUUCUUAACAAACUGUUAUUUAUGUUCAGUGCUUAAUGGCUCAGUGGAAUGUAUCUGUUUGCAUCAUACUGUACUCAGCCACUUAUGUUGGGACCAGAAUAUUGUCUGUGCAUUACCAGAUGUCUGACCAAAUAAGAGAGGAAAACAAUUACCUUGUGUACAAUGUGUCAUUAAUCAUUAAAGGUACAGCAAGAUAUUUAUUUAACCAAAAAAUGUAGAUGUAGUUUUGGCUUUGUUAUAUUCCUGAUUAUGCAAAACAAAGCUAAUUUUACAUUGCAUGCGAGACGUCUAUCUACAGAAUUCACACAGUCACGGAAAACAUGGAAAUAACAGGGAAUUUUUGAAAUUGUGGUUUCCAGCAGGGUCGCGCAAUAAAUCGCAAUCGCAAUAAAAUCGCGAUAUGAGCAUGCUUAAUUUCUUUUUUUUUCUUUCUUUUAUUUUACUCUGAAUUCUGUGAUGUUUAAUUCACUAUUCUGAUUGUUGCACAUCUUCUGCACACUGAAAAGUUAUUGCAGAAUGCAGUGAGGAAAAAAAGGUUCCAGUGAGACAACAGGAAUAGGGAAUAAAGAACAAAGACGCUAUCAUCUAUCACUUAUGCAAAGACUAUGUUUUUUCCGCUCCUGAAAUGUGUUUUUGAACACUGAAAUUUCAGAAUGUAAAAUGUAUAAAUAAGGAAAAAUAUCUGCCAAAAUCGCAAUUAAAAACCCAAUCGCAACAUCUAUUAAAUCAUUGCAAAAUUAGUUUUUUUGUUCAUAUUACAGGGCCCUUAUUUCUAGGCCUGGAAGUCAUGGAAAUUAACCAAAUCCUAAAACGGCACGGUAAUUUCUUUAGUAAAUAUACAUUUUUCUAGUUAUGCUCUGCUCUAAAAAAAUUUAAUCUGCUAGAAAUUUAUGUUUAUAAAAAUACAUUUUUGAAAAUCUACUAAUCACGAAUGACUUGAAAAAUCAUGGACAUUAAAUGUGCACUCAGUAAUUUUUUUCCUCAUUUAAAAAGUUUCACUUCGAAAGAAAUUAAUUGUAAUGUUGAAACAUAUGUAUAAAAUCAUGACCACUCAUGUGAGAUAAAGAGUUCAGUCAUUUCAGUAACCUUAUAAAAGCUCUUUUAUUCUACAUGGGGCAGGGGCGCCUCAUGGGGGCAGCCAUGUUAGCAUCACGUGACCAGCUGAAUACUACUUGCUUAAUCUCAGUAACUACCCUGUUAUUGGACACUGUCAUUCAUGGAUUAAAUUAAGCCUGUAUUACUGUGCAUAGUACAUUUCUACAAUGGCAUCGGUAACUGAAUACUACUGUGUUUGAAUGAUGUAGCAUCCAGGCCACUAGGUGUCAGUGUAAGCCAUUCUUCAGUAUACUUAAAAAACUGAGUGCACGUUUAAUGUUUUAAAAGAUCUGGGAACCCAUAGUUUAAACAACAACAGUUACUUUCAGUACGAUUUACAUGUGCAGUUAAAAUCGAGCAGCAGCGAGUUUUUGCAUAGUCGAGCUACUGUCUUCAUCUUCACCAACGUGACUCAGUGUGUAUCGAAUAUUUGAAGGAAAGACGACAAAUAUGCCAGGUUAAAUACACAUGUGUCACCUCUGUCUUUCGGAGCAUGCGCACAAUGCUGAGGCCAGUUGUGGUCUGAUUAACGUGUACAUGCUGGCCUAAGCCGAGUUACAAUAGCAUUAUCUAAGUUUAUCCGACUUUGCAAAAAUCUGACUGGUAUGAUUUCAGUCGGACUAAAGCAUUUCCAUGACAUUUUAAAAAGACUAAUUGUUUUAGUCCGACUGAAAACUAAUUUUAAAGUGCAUGUAAACGUACUGAUUGUCCUGUUGGUCUAAUUCAAAUUAGAAAAAAAAAUUAUUGUGUGGAGCUCUAAUAAAUUCAGUUGAGACUUGCCCUAAUUUCUGCAGACUUUCUCUGGGUUAAUGCUCUCAUAAACUGUCUUAGUGCAACAUAUUAACUCGCUCCCAGCUGCACACUUUGUCUCAGUUUCACUUCUAAUACUAUAUGAGAGGUAUGUUUAUGUGAUUUGUGAUGUAUUUCACACCCAAGGGCAUUGAAGGAAUAACAGUCAUUGGUGUGCCCUUAUUUGAAUGAGGCCAGUAAUACUGCAUUCUUACGGCAUGUCAAGCAGGUUUUAAUAUAACUUUCCACCUCUUAUGCAAGUGCUGAAAAAAUAUAGUUGUUAAAAGAAUGAAGAUGAAUUUUCUUUUGUGAUGAUUCGAUAUCACAUUGCCACUGAACUACAGAGCUUCAGAUGAAUGUCUGUCUUCUUCUCUGUGGUUGAAUUAAACAGUUGUGCUACUGUUUUGAAAAUCCUAUAGAUGUCACAACAUCUUAAAAUACUGCCUGCCAUGUGACAAAAGAGUAUCAUCUCUUUAACAGUAUGCAAAUGUGUUCCAACAUAGCAGCACUUAUUUAAGUUGCACUCUGCUGGGAAUCCUAAAGCUGGAAUGCACUGUAUUCAUGGCUGUUUAUUCUUUCAUAAUGUUAUAGUUGCUGUGUAAAUAUUGCAUUUAAAUUAUGUAGGACGUACCUACACAUUGCACAGGGAAAUCUCUACACUAACAUUCUUGCUAACUCAAAGGGCAGUCACAGUACACUUUGUGUUCUAUACACUUUCAUGCAUGGAAGAGCAGGAACUGAAGGAUAUACGUAG